AUGCCGGACUCGGUCCAGGAUUUCUUCAAACCGUUCGACGGCCGGUCUCUGACCAUGAUGUACGAGCAGGCGAAGGCGGCCGGAGGCGCCGAGGGCAUUCAGGACCCGUCGAACAUGCUCGGCGUCUUCAAGCUCCCCCUGUACGCCGCGCUGGACGACCUCAUGCGCUCCGAGGACGCGAGCGGCGUCGAAAAGCCCCCGGCACUAGAUGUCGCUGGUGCCGUAGACACAGCGGCCGGGGCGGUGGAAGAGUUCACAGAGAAUCUGGAGGCGGCGAAAGACGUCGUGGGGCACGUGACGGACGUCAUCGCGGCGACGGGCAAGGGGGCGGAUUUCCUGGAGAAGGUGGGGUCGCUGGUGACGCCCCUGGCGACCUGCGUGACCAGCGUGAUGGAGUCAGCCCCGUGGCUCGGGCCCGCAGUAAAGCUCUGCGCCAAGCUAGUCGAGGGCGUGCAGGCGGUGCACGCCGCCAAGGGGAGCUGCCUGGAGCUCGCGGAGAUCGCCAGCACCGUCGCCUCGACCCUGGACAAGCACAAGAGCAAGAUCAAGCAGGGCGCGAAGACGUCGCAGCAGGUGCAGGCGCUAGAGGGCGCGCUCGAGGAGGCGAUCGAGCUGGUCGAGAAGUUUGGGAAGCGGUCGUUCCUGGUCAAGCUGUACUUCUGUCGGAGGACGACGGAGGAGUUCGAGGGCGUGACGGCGAACAUUCUCCGCCAGGUCGACCUGAUGGAGUUCGACAUCGUCGUCGACACCGGCGCGGACGUCCAGGACGUCAAGCAGAUGGUCGCGGCCCUGCAGGCACAGAUCUCGUCCGGGAAGGUGUUUCGGAACGACGAGAACGAGGCGCUGCGGAGGAAGAUCGAGGACCUCGGCGGCAUGAGCGCCGUCCUGAGCAGCGACGACGCCCUGGGCGACGUCAUCGCCAGCAUGGGUGCGCAGGGGCAGGUGGUGGCGGGGCUGACGCGGGAGGUGGCGGCGUCGAUGCAGCAGCUGAUGGAGUUCCACCGGAAGGGCACGCACAGCAUCAUCCGGAACGACGAGCUGCGGGUGUUCUGGAGCGAGGAGAUCAAAGAAAGCGAGGUUGACGCCAUGCUCUUCGUGCGCAAGCUCGAGUCCUGGCUGCGCGAGACGUCGUUCGAGCCGGCGCUCGCGGACAGGCUGGCGAGCAACGCGAAGGACUUCGCCGUGGAGCUCAACAUCGGCGAGGCAGCGUCCACGACAGUCAACCCCAACGUCGUUGACGGCGUGUUCCUGGCCGACAAGACGCUGCCUGAGCGCGUGGGGGAGAUCCUCGGGGGCGGCGUGCGCUUCUGCACGGUGCCUGAGCUGCCGGACCCGCUGUACCCGCGCCAGGACGACGUCGACCGCAUCGUCGCGGCGCUGGACGACUGGCCGGUCGCGGUGGUGCACGGCGCGCCCGGGUCCGGCCGGCGCGUGCUCGCGCAGACCGUCGCGCGGAAGCUCGCCAAGGACCACCCCGCGGGCGUAUUCUACGUGGACCUAGAGGACGCGUGGCGGUCCGAGGAGGACAUCGUGUCUGAUUUGGGGAUAAAGCUCGGAAGAGACUGGUGCACGUCGCGGGACGUGGCGGACUUCGCGGAGACGGCGACGCGCGUGCACCGCGGCGCGAUGCUGCUGGUCGUUGCGGGGGUGACGUGCGCGACGUGGGCCAAGGCGCGCCAGGGCGACCACCGCGGCGUGCGGCCCUUCCUCGUGGGGCUGCUGCAGAAGUUCAAAGCAGAGAGCAUGCAGGGCCUCGGGCAACGCGACGGGCUCACCGUGGUCGUCACAUCCGAGGGCGAGCUGGACGUUGCCGCCGUGGAUGACGACAUCCGCAGAGCUGUGCAGCAGAUCAGAGUGAAACCAGUGGACGAGAGGGCGCUGAAGAUGCUGCGCACGCAGACCCGCCGCCGUGGUCGCAGCGCGGACGACGCGCUGCCUGCGCACCUGCGGGAAGCGCUGGUCGGCCUGGCGGUGUUUCCGUCGACGUUUGACGCCGAGGCGGCGACGAGCGUGUCGGGCAAGCUGGACGCGACGGCGCUCCUGCGCGAGCUGAAGGACGCGGGGUACGCGCGGUACCUCAAGGAGGGCGGGCGGUGGGAGAUCGUGGAGGACGGCAGGGCCUUGGCGAAGCAGUUGCGCGGCAAGGGCGAUGCCGACGAGAGCGUCGCUGCUUCCGCCGAGAAGCGCUUCGUGGAGCACAUGACCCGCGUGGUGAUCAAGCUCGAAGGUUCGACUAAGUCGGACGAGCAGCUGCAGGCGCGUGUCGUCGCCAGUCGGGAAAACAAGAACAUCGACCGCGCCCUGGAGCUGUGCGACGACGACAGCGUGCUCGUGCGGCGCGUGGCGGCCAUCGAGGACCACUUCGGACGCUACGGGCGUGCGGCGGAGCUGGCCGAGCGCGCUCUCAAGGGACUGCAGCGCAAACACGGCGAGGACAAUCAGCAGGUCGUACAGGCGAUGAAGAACCUGGCAGUGUUUCGUGGGCGGCAGGGGAAGCAUGGCGAAGUGGCAAGCCUGUUUGAGCGCGCACUGGCGAUCCAAGAGAGGCUGUUCGGCCCCGACGACGCGAAACUUGUGCCAACGCUCCGCCGUCUCGGGGGGGUAAAGGAGACGCUGGGCAAGUACGACGAGGCGCUCCGCGUUUUCGAGCGGGCGGCAGCAAUUGCGGAGACGUCCGACGAAUCUCGAACCCUACUGCCUCCCGUCUUGGGACUGAUCGCUGAGUUCAGGUCCAGGGAGGGGCGGCACGGCGAUGCCAUCGCCCUCUACGAGCGCUGCCUGGCCAUGCGCGAGGAGACCGAUGGCCCGGAGAGUUUGAUCGUAGCGUCGACGCUCAGAAACCUCGGGCGAAUGAAACAAUUCGCGGGCAACUGGUCGGAGGCGUUGGAGCUGCACUCUCGUGCGCUUGCCAUCAAAGAGAAGGUCUUGGGGCCGGACCACACGGACGUCGCGGCCUCGCUCUACUCGAUGGCCGACAUUCCCAAGUUGCAGGGCAAGCGCGAGGACGCGAUUGCGAUGUUGCAGCGCUGCCUGCGAAUCGAGGAAGCGGCCCUGGGGUCGGAGCAUCCUCGGGUGGCGAAAACGUUGAUGUUCAUGGGCGACAUCAUGUCGUUGAUGGAAGGACCGAAGCGGAGGAAUGAGGCCAUGAAAGCGUACAAGCGCGCGCUCGAGAUUCGCGAGAGCGUUCACGGUGCAGAUCACACACACGUGGCCGACUUGCUGGUCAACAUGGCCAAGCUGCGGGCGGAGCGGGAGAACCCGAGCGAGAAGGCUCUGCGGAAGUGCGUAGAGCUGUGCGAACGCGCCUUGCGGAUACGCGAACAGGCCCUCGGUCCGGACCACAAUUCGCUGGCCAGUGUAUUGGAGACGUUGGGUGGCGUCAAGGACAAGUUGGGCGAGCACCUGGAGGCGAAGCGGCUGUACGAGCGGGCGCUGGAGAUCGAGCGGGCGGUCGGUCCGGAGCGGGAGGAGGUCGGAGAUCUGCUCUUCGGGCUCGGAGGCCUGAUGCUUUCAAUGCGCAAGAAGCCUCAGCUGACAAACAUGAACACCGAACAGGCGAUCGCGGAGGCGAAGGACUAUUUCGUCCAGUCUGUCGAGAUCUAUGACAAGCACGAGAGCAAUCUGCGAAUCGUCAGUAAAAUACCCCGAAAGCUGGGCCUGAUCGCACUCUGCUCUUCACAGCUGGGCAAGCUGGACGAGGCGGCGAAGGCCCUCGAGCGCGCGAUCCGCAUCAGAGAAAAGCUCCAGGACAGCGGAGAGGAGAACAUCGAUAUCGAACACCUCGUCGAACUGCUGAUCGACCUCGGAAAAGUCAGGAAGCAGCAAGGCUCGCUGCAGGAGGCUGUCCGACAGUACGAGCGCGCCCUCCGGAUCGCAGAGGAGUCCCUCGGGCCGGAGAAAGCGGAUGAAGUCCGGAAGAAGCUGGAGGAGCUGCAAGCAGAAGCCUCUGACGACGAGCCUGACGCACCCGCACUGCCCGCCACCCGCAAGAUCGACGCGCGACAGCAGCCGGAAGAUUCCUCGGACGACGAGCCCGAAUCAUCCGCGCACGCCGCUCGCCCACGGGUGCCACGGCGCCGGGUCAACAGGCGACGUGCGCGGCAGGAGGCCUCGGACGACGAGGGAGAAUCCCAACACACGUACACUCCACGUGCCACUCUAUGUCGGGUGAUUACGCCCCGGUAA